AUGCAUAAGUUUAGAGAAAUGGAAAAUAGGAAAGGCCCUUCGGGACAGACUAGUCCGAUAUUUACAUGGUCUCCGUUACCUCAGCGGAAACAGAUGAGUUUUAUAAAAAGGGAGAAAAUUAGUUCCCCAUCAAAUAAAGAAACAAAGCUGUAUCCUAACUGUGACGCAAACGUUUGGUUACGAUCAUGCGAAGAGGAAGUAAUUGGACCCUUACAAGGCAAAAUUACAGGCGACAUUCCAAACUGGCUUAACGGUUCUCUGAUUCGGAACGGUCCAGGCUUACUGAAGGUCGGUGAUCAUGAAUUUGCACAUCUUUUCGAUAGCUUGGCGCUAUUGCAUAGAUUUGGGAUAAAAAACGGCGAAGUAACUUACCAGUGCAGAUUUUUACGUUCCGAAACGUUCAAACAAAUGUUUACAGCAAAAAGGAUCGUCACCACACAGUUCGGAACAAAAUCGGUGCCAGAUCCCUGUCACACGAUUUUUCAGAGAAUCGCAGCCAUGUUUAACGUUGGACCUUUAGACAACUCUAUGAUAUCAGUGUACCCCUUUGGCGACGAGUUGUACGCUUUCGGGGAAACCCCUAUUAUCCACAAAGUGAAUCCGGAAUCUUUAAACACUGAAGACGCUGUAGAUGUUAGAAACUAUAUUUCAAUCGUGAACCAUACAUCUCAUCCUCAUGUGAUGCAAGACGGUGCUGUUUAUAACAUAGGUAUAUCGUUGUACACCACUGGACCACACCACAUUAUAAUUUGUUUCCCAAAGAAAUCAAAAUGUGGAGGAAAAACUAUGUUCGAGAAUGCUAGAAUCGUGGCUUCUGUACCGGCAAGAUGGCCGUUUCAUCCAUCGUAUAUGCACACGUUUGGCGUGACAGAAAAUUACUUUAUAAUCGUGGAGCAACCGCUAAGUAUAUCCGUACCGUCAGCCCUUAAAACCAAGUUGCAAAACGAACCGCUGAUAGGGUGCCUCAAGUGGUACCAAGACGAAUAUACCCAAUUCAAUGUGGUAUCAAAGACACUUGGAAUUUUGUCGUACAAGUUUUUCGCCAAGGCCUUCUUCUAUUUGCAUAUAAUCAACCAGUACGAAACGGACAACUACAUCGUUAUAGAUAUUUGUGUGUAUCGAGACCCGGGAAUGCUGGAAUGUAUGUACAUCGAUUCUAUGAAGAGUAUGCAACAAAAUCCGGACUAUGCAAAAAUGUUCAGGGGGCGCCCGGCUAGAUUCGUACUGCCCUUAAAGCCGGAUCCUAUGGAGGCGGAUAUCGGGAAGAAUUUGGUGAGUUUGGAAAAUUGCAGCGCCAAGGCGUACUAUUUGCCCACGGGGGAUAUACUGGUUGUGCCGGAGAGGAUAUGCAAUUUGGGCUGCGAGACACCCAGGAUAAAUUACGAAAAUUCUUUGGGAAAGCCUUACAGAUACUUUUAUGCGAUAAGUUCGGAUGUCGAUAGGGCAAAUCCAGGCACUAUAGUAAAGAUAGACGCACAAACAAAAACGGCACAGACUUGGUGCGAGGAAAACUGCUAUCCAAGCGAACCUAUAUUUGUGGCAAGUCCCAAUUCAAAGUUUGAAGAUGACGGUAUAAUCCUAGCAGCGAUGGUAUGGGGUGGAGAAGAUGCUAACCACGCUGGUUUACUAAUUCUGGAUGCAAAAACCUUCAAGGAAAUCGGUAGGGCCGAGUUUAUAACGCCCGGACCUGUGCCGAAGUGUCUCCAUGGAUGGUUUUUGCCGAAAGGCAAGACGGAGAUCGAAAAUUAA